CCCUCCCCCUCGCGUCCUCUGCCCAGGUUCCUGGUUAAGAUGGCGUCCCCGGUGGCCAUCGCGGCGCAGGCCGGGAAGCUUCUGCGAGAGCAAGCGCUGCGGCCGCGGCUCCUGGCGGUCAGGUCCCAGGCAGGUCACUUAACCUCCAGAAGAUGGCUGAACCUGCAGGAAUACCAGAGCAAGAAGCUCAUGUCAGAGCAUGGAGUGCGAGUUCAGAGGUUCUUUGUUGCCAACACUGCUACGGAGGCUCUGGAGGCAGCGAAGAGACUGAAUGCAAAAGAAAUUGUUUUAAAAGCCCAGAUCUUAGCUGGAGGAAGAGGAAAAGGUGUCUUCAAUAGUGGCUUGAAAGGAGGAGUUCAUUUAACAAAAGACCCUAAAGUGGUAGGACAGCUGGCUCAGCAGAUGAUUGGUUAUAAUCUAGCAACGAAACAAACUCCAAAAGAAGGUGUGAAAGUUAACAAGGUUAUGGUUGCUGAAGCCUUGGACAUUGCUAGAGAAACCUACUUGGCCAUUCUGAUGGACCGGUCCCACAAUGGUCCGGUGAUAGUGGGCAGCCCCCAGGGGGGUGUUGAUAUUGAAGAAGUAGCAGCUUCCAAUCCAGAACUCAUCUUUAAGGAGCAGAUUGACAUUUUUGAAGGAAUAAAGGAUAGCCAGGCCCAGCGGAUGGCAGAAAAUCUGGGCUUCCUCGGGCCUUUGAAAAACCAGGCAGCCGACCAGAUUAAAAAGCUGUAUCAUCUCUUCCUGAAGAUUGACGCGACUCAGGUGGAAGUGAACCCCUUUGGUGAAACUUCAGAAGGACAAGUUGUCUGUUUUGAUGCCAAGAUAAACUUUGAUGACAACGCUGAAUUCCGACAAAAGGACAUAUUUGCUAUGGAUGACAAAUCAGAGAAUGAGCCCAUUGAAAAUGAGGCUGCCAGAUAUGAUCUCAAGUACAUCGGACUCGAUGGGAACAUAGCCUGCUUCGUGAAUGGUGCUGGAUUAGCCAUGGCUACUUGUGACAUUAUUUUCCUGAAUGGAGGGAAGCCAGCUAACUUCUUGGACCUUGGAGGUGGUGUAAAGGAAUCCCAAGUCUACCAAGCAUUCAAACUGCUCACAUCCGAUCCCAAGGUGGAAGCCAUCCUUGUCAAUAUCUUUGGUGGGAUCGUCAACUGUGCCAUCAUUGCCAAUGGGAUCACCAAAGCCUGCCGGGAGUUAGAACUCAAGGUGCCACUGGUAGUUCGGCUUGAAGGAACUAAUGUCCAGGAGGCUCAGAAAAUCCUCAGAAGCAGUGGCCUCCCCAUCAUGUCAGCUGUGGACCUGGAGGAUGCAGCCAAGAAAGCUGUUGCCAGUGUGGCAAAGAAGUGAUGACUUCCCCCUGGCUCCCGUGAAGAAGGGCACGCCCUGCAUCAUGUCCCGCAUCACUGUGAAAGCGAUUGUUAUCUCACUGGGGAAGGGGUCACACACAAGGAUCAUUAUCUGGAAAACUUUAAGUCUGAACUUUCUCAAAUGCACUAUCCAGAGAGCCUGGAGCUGAUCUUACACUGUAGUCAUUGUUUAAAAA